CGCAUUCUUCAGUUCACACAGCAAGACAUUGGAUUAACAUCAAUAGCAGAGUAACGUUACAAGAUCUUAGAGAUAAAAUGGAUGCAGUGGGAGUGAACGUCAUAGAAACUGCUACUCUUGGGAGACCCUUCCAGCUGGGGAUGCUGUAUGACUGCAGAAAAGAUGCCCUAGUACCAGGAAUCACACUAUGGGAUAAAGAGCAGCUUCAGCAGAGUAUACGCAGUCAUGCCCAAAUUAAUACAGAUUUCAAUGUCACAGCUUCAGACUCUAUUGAAGAAAAAUCUAAUUUACUGAACAUUGAUGGUUCUCUGAAAUUGAGUCUUUUAGGUGGACUUGUCAAUGUGAGAGGAGCAGCAAAAUAUCUCAGCGACACAAAGAAAUCCUUUAAACAACAAAGACUGACCCUACAUUACCAUUCAACCACCAAGUUUGAAGAACUGACCAUGAACCACUUGGCUUCUGGAAAUAUUGUUCACUAUGAAGCGUUUGAUAAUGAUGCAGCCACACAUGUGGUGACCGCUGUGCUGUAUGGGGCGAAUGCUUGCUUUGUUUUUGACAGAGAAGUUUCAUCAGAUGAGGACAAAACCACUAUUGAGGGGGAAGUAAAAGCUACAUUUGAUAAGCUGAAGGGCAUUUCACUGGGCGCAGAGAUUGAUCUGAACAUGAAUGACAAUCAGAAGACUGCCGUUCAAAAAUUCAGCUGUACGUUUUAUGGUGACUUUCAGUUGCCAUCUAAUCCAACCUCUUUUGAAGAUGCUUUGAAGAUUUUUGCUGAUCUUCCAAAACUGUUAGGAGAGAAGAAAGAGCUUGCAGUUCCAUUAAGAGUGUGGCUUUAUCCUUUAGAUAAACUACACACAAGUGCAGCAAAAGUUCAAAAAGACAUCAGCACAGGUCUAAUCAAAGCUGUGGAAUCAGUUUUUGAGAGUUUAAGUACAACCGAAAUGAAAUGCGGUGAUCUUCUGAAGGAACCACCUGCUUUGGCAUUUGCAGCAUUUAAUGGUCAAAUAAUGCAGAUGAGGGAAAACUGUUGCAGCUAUAAGUUUAGUCUCAUGAAAAAACUUGGCUCUCUGUUGCCAGAAAUCCGUGGGGAUCAGAAAAAGGAAACAGAGUUAAAUGAUCUUCUGCGUGAUCAUAUGGAAUCUCCAUUCAGACGUCAGGAUCUUGAACAUUGGGUGAAAGAGAAAGAAAAAGAAUCUGUCGUAAUUAAAACAUUGAUCAGACAACUGAAUGAUUACGGAGCAAAAGUGGAAGUGAAUCUAGAUGAAAUCUUGAUGAAUCUGGAAGUUGAACAUUUGGUUAGCUACACAUUCACAUCAUUUGAGGGUCCAGAUAUGCUCCUUUCUACACAGAAGGAUUACUUGAGUCCAAAGGGGCAAAAGAAAGAGAGUGCACCCAGCGCCAAAUGGAUGACGGGGCUUUCCUCUGAUGCCAAAAAGAAUAUGAGGACCAACACGACUAUAUUUAAAAACUUGAUCAAUUCAAAACAGCGUAAACCGCCCAAAUUUAUUGUCGCAUCAAAAGAAGUGAAAAAUAUUGCAGGUUCCUGCAUUCUCCUUUAUGAAAAUGGAUCUGAUGAAGACAUUUGCUUUACUCCUCCAUUAAAACCAGCCUGUCCAGUUGUUGAACAGAUCAAAGGUCACAGUGUAGUCUUGCAGGUACCUACAACAUGUCAAGCUACAGAAGAUCUCAGGUUAAUGUAUAAAAUAAAGGAAGAUAAAGACUGGAAAUCUCAACAUGUACAACAGAGCAAAGAAACAUUAACUCUGACAGAUCUAAGUCCAGACACGGAGUAUGAGAUUAAAUAUACAGCAGUUGGCAAACUGAACUACACCGUAGACAGUGAUGUCAUCCACAUCAGAGUCAUAGACAAGAAGCUCAUACGUGCCACAGAGUCUGUCUUAGAGAGUCUGACUUUGACUGAAAAAACGUGCAGUGAACUUAUGGAUGACAGCAGAUCAAAACAAUUCGGUGCAUUUGACAGAAAGAUUCAAGACAUGAUGAAACACUGUCAAACCUACAGACAAGACUUAAGCACCAGAAUUCAAUCCUUGAUCCACUCGAUUCAAGCUUGUGAAAAAGGCAUCUCUGAUUUGGAAUAUCUUCUACAAGCUCAUGAAGAAUCUCCAUUUAAAGCCACAAGUCUUACAGAGUGGAUCACUAUAAAAGAAAAAGAAUUAAAUGUAGUUUCUACAAUUUUUCAACAACUUCUGGACUCUGGAGCAGAGGAACAUAUUAACCUGGAUGAAAUUUUGUCAGAUAUUAAUGUGGAGAAUGUGGUGUGCUACACAUUCAGUUCUCUUGAGGAGCCAGAUGAGUUGCUUUCUGUUCAGGAAAAUGACCUAAAACAUCAAUUGAUAAGGAGAGAUUCUGAGAAGAUGCCUGAUGCAGUGUCUCGGACAUGGCUCCAAGGAACAGUCCCAGAAAAAAUGAGAGAACAUUUAAAACUAUUUAAAGACAUAAUGACUUCACAUGGCAGUCAGUCCACAAAGUUUUUGGUUUCUUCAAAAGACCACACAAUCCAUCCAGGUUCCUGCAUUCUCUUGUAUGAAAAUGGAUCUCAUGAAGCUCUUUGCUUUACUCCUCCAUCAAAACCAGCCUGUCCAAUCAUUAAACAGGUCAGAGGUCACAGUGUAGUUUUUGAGAUGCCUUCACCGUGUCCUGUUACAGUAGAGCUGAAGUUACUGUACAAAAUGAAGGAAGAGAGAGAAUGGAAAUCUCAACAUGUGCAUAAGAGCCUAGAUUCAGUAACUCUAGAAGAUCUCAGUCCAGUCACAGAGUAUGAGAUUAAAUAUACAGCAGUUGGCAAACUGAACUACACCGUAGACAGUGAUGUCAUCCAAAUCACAGUCAUAGACAAGAAGCUCAUAAGUGCCACAGACUCUGUUUUAGAGAAUCUGACUUUGACUGAAAAAAAGUGCAGUGAACUUGUGGAUGACAGCAGAUCACAAAUAUUCGGUGCAUUUAACAGAAAGAUUAAAGACAUGAUGAAACACUGUCAAACCUACAGACAAGACUUAAGCACCAGAAUUCAAUCCUUGAUCCACUCGAUUCAAGCUUGUGAAAGAGGCAUCUCUGAUUUGGUAUAUCUUCUACAAACUCAUGAAGAAUCUCCAUUUAAAGGCACCAGUCUUACAGAGUGGAUCACUAUAAAAGAAAAAGAAUUAAAUGUAGUUACUAAAAUUCUUCAACAACUUCUGGACUCUGGAGCAGAGGAACAUAUUAACCUGGAUGAAAUUUUGUCAGAUAUUAAUGUGGAGAAUGUGGUGUGCUACACAUUCACUUCUCUUGAGGAGCCAGAUGAGUUUCUUUCUGAUCAUGAAAAUGAUCUAAAACAUCAAAUGAUAAGGAGAGAUUCUGAGAAGAUGCCUGAUGCAGUGUCUCGGACAUGGCUCCAAGGAACAGUAACAGAAAAAAUGAGAGAACAUUUAAAACUAUUUAAAGACAUAAUGACUUCACAUGGCAGUCAGUCCACAAAGUUUUUGGUUUCUUCAAAAGACCACACAAUCCAUCCAGGUUCCUGCAUUCUCUUCUAUGAAAAUGGAUCUCAUGAAGCUCUUUGCUUUACUCCUCCAUCAAAACCAGCCUGUCCAAUCAUUAAACAGGUCAGAGGUCACAGUGUAGUUUUGUAUAUACCUUCAACAUUUCAAGCUACAGAAGAUCUCAGGUUAAUGUAUAAAAUAAAGGAAGAUAAAGACUGGAAAUCUCAACAUGUACAACAGAGCAAAGAAACAUUAACUCUGACAGAUCUAAGUCCAGACACAGAGUAUGAGAUUAAAUAUACAGCAGUUGACAAACUGAACUACACCGUAGACAGUGAUGUCAUCCACAUCAGAGUCAUAGACAAGAAGCUCAUACGUGCCACAGAGUCUGUCUUAGAGAGUCUGACUUUGACUGAAAAAACGUGCAGUGAACUUGUGGAUGACAGCAGAUCCAAAAAAUUUGGUGCAUUUGACAAAAAGAUUCAAGACAUGAUGAAACACUGUCAAACCUACAGACAAGACUUAAGCACCAGAAUUCAAUCCUUGAUCCACUCGAUUCAAGCUUGUGAAAAAGGCAUCUCUGAUUUGGAAUAUCUUCUACAAGCUCAUGAGGAAUCUCCAUUUAAAGCCACAAGUCUUACAGACUGGAUCACUAUAAAAGAAAAAGAAUUAAAUGUAGUUUCUACAAUUUUUCAACAACUUCUGGACUCUGGAGCAGAGGAACAUAUUAACCUGGAUGAAAUUUUGUCAGAUAUUUAUGUGGAGAAUGUGGUGUGCUACACAUUCAGUUCUCUUGAGGAGCCAGAUGAGUUGCUUUCUGAUCAGGAAAAUUACCUAAAACAUCAAUUGAUAAGGAGAGAUUCUGAGAAGAUGCCUGAUGCAGUGUCUCGGACAUGGCUCCAAGGAACAGUCCCAGAAAAAAUGAGAGAACAUUUAAAACUAUUUAAAGACAUAAUGACUUCACAUGGCAGUCAGUCCACAAAGUUUUUGGUUUCUUCAAAAGACCACACAAUCCAUCCAGGUUCCUGCAUUCUCUUGUAUGAAAAUGGAUCUCAUGAAGCUCUUUGCUUUACUCCUCCAUCAAAACCAGCCUGUCCAAUCAUUAAACAGGUCAGAGGUCACAGUGUAGUUUUUGAGAUGCCUUCACCGUGUCCUGUUACAGUAGAGCUGAAGUUACUGUACAAAAUGAAGGAAGAGAGAGAAUGGAAAUCUCAACAUGUGGAUAAGAGCCAAGAUACAGUAACUCUAGAAGAUCUCAGUCCAGACACACAGUAUGAUGUUAAAUAUACUGCAGUUGGGAAACUCAACUACACCACAGACAGUGAUGUAAUCAGAGUUGAAGAGGGGGGGACAAGGACCACGAGAAUGAAACAGCUGAUGUUCAGAAAUUCAGAAAAUAACUGGUUUUCAGGUGGAAACAAAGUGUUUGCUGUUUUGGCUGGAAAAACAAAUGACAUUCAUAAGAGGUUUAUUGACUCUCUGAAAAAAAGAAUUCCGAAUCUGACAGAAGUUUUUACAGAGGAUGAGAGUGACAUUGUUCUGGUUUACUGUCCUGUUGUUUCUCGACGAGACAUUGACAUAGAAUCAGCACUUAAGAGAUUUACUGACUCUACAGCCUCUAAGAUGGUGGUGCUACUGGUGCUACAUCACACAUUUGACCCAGAGAAAACUAUACCAGACAGCAGCAGAUGUGUCAAAAGGACAGAUAUACUGACAGUGGACUGUCUGUUCUAUGAAGACACAGGAUUACUAAAGUGUCAGAAAAAUGAUGAUGCAAUCGACAAAGUUGUGAACUGGAUUAAACAUCAGAGAAAGAAAAAGGAUGUCGACGUUUGUCAAUCUCUGAAAUAUGAUACACCGGUUACCAGUCCAAAAAAAGAACAAGAAAAACAUCCACAGGAAUCUGGCAACUACAGUGAUGUGAGCCAAUUGUCCAACAAGAAUGAGAGUUCGUCUGGAUUUAAGCAGUUUGAAAGCAAGAUAAUCAAAAUCUGCUCAACUCAGGCUGGAAAUACAAAUAACCUGCACAAAAGAUUUAUUGACAGUCUGAAAAAUCAAAUUCAGAAUUUGAAGGAAGUUUCUUCAGUGGAGGAGAGUGACAUUGUUGUGGUUUUCAGUCCUAUUGUUUCUCGAGCUGGAACUAACAUGGAAGCAGCAUUAAAAAUAUGCACAGCCAUUCCAGCCUCUAAACUGAAUGUUCUAGUGGUGCUACAUCACACAUUUGACCCAGAGAAAACUGUACCAGACAGCAGCAGAUGUGUCAACAGGACAGAUAUACUGACAGUGGACUGUCUGUUCUAUGAAGACACAGGAUUACUACAGUGUCAGAGGAAUGAUGAUGCAAUCGACAAAGUUGUGAACUGGUUAAUACAGCAGGGGCACUCAAGGGGACUCAAUAUACAUGCCUGUAAAAAUGAGUCGUCUGGCAGCCGUUCAGUUAGUUGGCCCUUUAAGUUUGACACAGCGAAAAGAAACAGGAUCUUCAAGUAGAAAUUAAAUGAUCACACUAAAGGUGGACACGCACUUGUUGAUCCAUGCAUCAUUUUGAAAGAUCCUGUGGCAGACACUGACAGCAUGAAAGUGAUUUAUUUGUUGAAAUGAAUGAUCUGACAAUAUUCAUACAAAUCUAGUAAAAUAUAAAAUGUUUAAAAUAUGUGCUUAUGUCUUUGAUAUUUUAAGGAAAGCUUUAGUUUGUAAAUCAGUAUGGAUUAUAAUGUUGAGCUGUAUAAUUUUUCUUGAUUUUUUUAUUUGAGUUGUGAUUUUAGGUCUUAAUCUAACCUCAAUUUACAUUGCAACUGUUUUCCUUUUCACUAUAAUAACAUUCAUUACAGUUAUUACAUAUUGUUUGCAUUAAACACAUUUUAAAAACCUGUCUAA